UCCGCUGCCAACACAUGCAUACGGAAUACGAAGUACGACCUGCAUACCUAAUAGCCGCAGGGACUCCAAUAAAGCCUGUUCGGCCGAGUUGCGGGUCGAAUCCUCUGCUCACUCACACUGGCAGUCUGGCACUGCUUAGACGCCCGCAAAGUCAGGGCCGCGCUGCGAUCGUUCCAAAGCCUGCCCAUUGGCCCAGAGCCAGAUCCUGGAAUUACAUCCCCUCCCCAACGCGUUUCGAACUAGCACUGCACAAAUACAAUAUACGAACCCGAUGCCGGAACCGAACUUGCGGCACACCCAAGGUUCGAGAUUCGACGGUCCAUUCGUCGACUUGCAACACCGUUUGUUGGAUUCGUCGGCUGUCUCGGUGCGGUGCGCGCCAGUGCCACGCCCUCCCGAAUCCCUCCCAGGAGAAUUGCUCGGAGCCGACUUGCGAGCUUCCCACCACAACGGACCGCAUCUGGGCCCCGCCAACACUGAGUCUGAGGGAGCUUUCGUGGGGACUUACUUUAUUACGACCCGAUAUGUCGUGCUGGCCAGUUUCAAGGCCUUGCUGUUUUCGAGGUAUUAUCUCGUGCAGGACAAGGAUGCCCCUUCGUCAACGGCACGCGUCCCUUGAAGCCGGCUGGCCAACUGGUGGUGCUGGAGAGAUAACACCAAACGAGGUCUGGCCAAGGUCUUGGAAGCCGUGUUCCUUGUCCCGCUUUGCAGGAAACAGCAGCUCUGGCCGAUCCGGCAGCGACGAAAUUGUCUCAGGCUCUAAGCAGCGCGGUCGAGACUCCUCUUUCCUACUAAUCACUAACCCGCAACUUUGGCAUCCAUUGGUGGCCAUUGGUGGCACCGGAAUCAGACGCGCUUUGGGAGGCUCGGGGAAAUCUCGAUUGCCAGAGACCAGAUCGGGCCCUUCACACCUCAGUCCCACGAUCUGUCUUAACAAAGGUCAGCUGAUAUACGGAGCCGACCUACUUUAUUUUUCCUCGGGAACAGCCAGACGGUCACGGAACCCCGUCCGUCCACAGAAUCAACCAAAUAGGUACCCAUCCCACCGGCGGACAAUGGCCGCUGAAACGAAAUGAAUCGUCUUGGUGCUCUAGGCGGUGCCGGAGGGUCGGACUAGAAGCUCGCAGUGGUCAGCGCUCUUUAGAGACAGAAACAGUUGAGGCCGAAAUUGGCAUACUGACUUUGCCUGCAUGCACAGCCUUUAUCGCGGGGCAAAUCUGGAGCCCGAAGAAGCGCGAGAAUUCGUCGCAAAAGCUCUCGGCGGAUAGAAGGGAAGAGUGAAUGUGGACCUUGGAUUGAUCGUCGCAGAGUAUGGGACGAGAGAUGGAACAUGCCGUCCAAACCGUAUUAUAGCCUCUUGCAACCAUACGCACCCUGGAACCUGUGAUGGACACCCUCCGAC